GGCCUUCUUGCCAGAGGAGAUCUCAUAUUCUAUCUCCUUACUCUGUUCACAUUGUUGCUAGCAAUAUAAAUACAGCCUUCCUGUUACCUUGCCUUAUCUGUUGAGAGCAAGAGAAAGAUGAGCAACAUAAGCUUUGUGGAGGCAAAACUGCCACCAGGGUUUAGGUUUCAUCCAAGAGAUGAAGAGCUUGUAUGUGAUUACUUGAUGAAGAAGGCUUCUCACUGCGACUCUCUUCUUAUGAUAGAGGUCGACCUCAACAAGUGUGAGCCUUGGGAUAUUCCUGAUUUGGUAGAAACAGCAUGCGUGGGAGGCAAAGAAUGGUACUUUUACAGCCAAAGAGAUCGUAAAUAUGCAACUGGACUAAGAACUAAUCGAGCAACAGCAUCUGGAUAUUGGAAGGCCACCGGGAAAGACAGACAUAUCUUACGUAAAGGAACCCUUGUUGGCAUGAGAAAGACCUUGGUGUUCUACCAAGGUAGGGCACCUAAAGGGAAAAAAACCGAUUGGGUCAUGCAUGAGUUUCGGCUUGAAGGGCCACUUGGUCCGCCCAAAACUUCUUCAGAGAAGGAAGAUUGGGUCUUAUGUCGAGUGUUCUAUAAAAACACUAGAGAAGUUGUGGCCAAACCUAGCAUAAGAAGCUGCUAUGAUGACACAGGCUCUUCAUCUUUGCCUGCAUUAAUGGAUUCAUACAUCACUUUUGACCAAAAUCAACCCAAUUUAGAUGACCACGAGCAAGUGCCCUGCUUCUCCAUUUUCUCCCAAAUCCAAACCAACCAAAAUUUCCCAUACAUAACUCAAAUGGAAGUACCACAUUUACCCACAAAGGGUACAAGCCCAUUUGGGCAAGUACCUAUGAAUAUUACCACUCCUUCAGACUCUUUUUCUUGUGACACAAAGGUACUAAAAGCUGUUUUGAAUCACCUUAACAUGAUGGAAAGCAAUGCCAACAUUAAAGGGUCACCAAGUUUAGGAGUAAGUAGUUCAGAAAGCUACUUAUCUGAUGUGCGCAUGCCCAACUUAUGGAAUCAUUAUUGAUUUUUAGGUCUUAAGUAUAGGAUUUAAAGAGGGUCUCUCUUCUCCCAUUAUAUAUAUAAAAAAAAAAAACUUCAGCAACCUUUACAAGACCAUAUUUUGAUGAAAAGCAGUUUCUAGUGAUCAGUAAUUCACUAGUCUUCCCACAUUAUAUUGUAUUGGAAUGCAUUUUACUUGUGGGAGAUGUAAUCAACUUUCUUAUUGUAGACUAUGAAGUUUAUAAAGCGACUUGAAAUGAACAGUGUAAAACUUUCCUUGAUAA